AGGCUGAGCAGGAGAGAGUGGGAGGAGCGGAAAGUGCUCCAGUCCAAUCGGGGCCGCCGGGUAAAGCCUCUCCUAUACGCUCUUCCCUCCCUCAGCCCGCAGAAAACAGUGAAACCCUCCCAUAGAGGUGAGAGCGCAGAUGUCAUGAGAAAAGCGACCACACGACCAGAGCGCACCGACCGACGCACCGACAGACCUCAGCCCGCCUUCCUGCGCCCCGGUCUGGGAUGCUUUUAGCGCAGAGCCGCCUCCACUCAGGGCAGCCAGUGGACGUCGACGCAGAUCAUCUGCACUCUUUUCGUUGUUGUUGUUAUUUUUAACCGAGGAUCUUUCACCCCCGCAUCCCCCCUCAAAGCCCCCGUUUAUUUAAGUGUUUAUGUUUGUUUCUUCAUGACUGCUGCUCUGGGAAGCGAGCCUCAGCACCAGCUCCAGCAACGGCAACACCAUGCGAGCCCAAAUUGAAGUUAUACCAUGCAAGAUCUGCGGAGACAAAUCAUCAGGUAUCCACUACGGAGUCAUUACGUGUGAGGGAUGUAAGGGUUUCUUCAGACGGAGUCAGCAGAACAAUGCAUCCUACUCCUGCCCACGCCAGAGGAACUGCCUCAUCGACAGAACAAACCGCAACCGCUGCCAACACUGCCGCCUGCAGAAAUGUCUCGCCCUAGGAAUGUCCAGAGAUGCGGUAAAGUUCGGCCGCAUGUCCAAGAAGCAACGUGACAGCCUGUAUGCAGAGGUCCAGAAGCACCAGGCACGACUUCAGGAGCAGCGGCAGCAGCAGACAGGCGAGGCAGAAGCUCUGGCGCGCGUUUACUCAUCCAGCUUAACCAAUGGACUGUCCACCCUUAACCACGAGAUUGGGGGCACCUACGCCAAUGGUCACGUCAUUGAGCUGCCAAAGGGCGGACACGGUAAUGGAGGCGGAGUCCCAGGGGGGUACUAUGGCAUGGACUCCACCCAGCCGUCCCCAGACCAGUCGGGCUUGGACAUGUCGGGCAUGAAGCACAUUAAGCAGGAGCCCGUGUACGACCUGACGCCAGUACCCAACCUGUUCAGCUAUGGAGGCUACCAGGAUAGUCAGCUGGGACCCAAUAAUGUCAGCAUGGGAGAGCUGGACCGUAUUGCUCAGAAUAUCAUCAAGUCCCACUUGGAGACAUGUCAGUACACAACAGACGAGCUGCAGCAGCUAGCCUGGCAGACACACUCCUAUGAAGAGGUCAAGAUGUACCAGACCAAGCCCCGGGACGUGCUGUGGCAGCAGUGUGCCAUCCAGAUUACCCAUGCUAUCCAGUAUGUGGUGGAGUUUGCCAAGCGCAUCUCAGGGUUCAUGGAACUGUGCCAGAAUGACCAGAUCCUCCUGCUCAAGUCAGGUUGUUUGGAAGUAGUCUUGGUGCGAAUGUGCAGGGCGUUCAACCCUCUCAACAACACUGUACUCUUUGAAGGGAAGUACGGAGGCAUGCAGAUGUUCAAAGCUCUAGGUUGUGAUGACUUAGUGAGCGCGGUGUUUGACUUUGCCAAGAGUCUGUGUUCGCUGCAGCUGACGGAGGAGGAGAUCGCUCUGUUCUCAGCAGCUGUACUAAUUUCCACAGACCGUCCGUGGCUGAUGGAGCCUCGGAAAGUACAGAAGCUCCAGGAGAAGAUCUACUUUGCUCUGCAGCACAUAAUGCAGAAAAACCACAUGGACGAAGACGCAUUGGCUAAGCUCAUCAGCCGAAUCCCAACACUGUCCGCCCUGUGCACACUCCAUACCGAGGAGCUCCAGGCCUUCCAGCAGCUCCACCCGGAGACAGUCAAUGUCCUCUUCCCUCCGCUCUACAAAGAACUCUUCAACCCCGACCCCAACUCCCUGCCCAUGACCAUGCCCAAGUGACUGCCUGUGGUCUCAACACAGCAAACAGCAUUAGAGGAGGAACAAGAAAACAGGAACACAGCAGCGUCUGACGAGACAACCGCAGCUGUGUUGCCCAUGUCAUUAACGUGGCAAACACAUAUUCCUGAGCUCCCCCAGUCUCAUUUCAGCCUGAAGGGGGAGGAGUCAUCUGCCAGAAACUUACAGAUACCGCCAACAAUACUAGGAAUGUCCAGCACUUAUCCCAUCCUGUUCACCGAUACAGUCUGAAGAAUGUAUAUAUAAAUGAAAGGCCCCCAAGCCACAACCGAAAUGGGGCUUCCUUCUGUCUCCUGAAUUGAACUGACUGACCAGAAAUGUACAGACUUUGAACCAUCUAGGAAAAAUUGUAAGCUGUCAAUCUUUAAAAAAAAAAAAAAAUGGGUAAGUUAAUUUGUUUUAACUUUGGAAAAAAAACAUUUUCAUUUGUUUGAUUUUUUUUUUUUUCACGUGAAGAAAUUGUGAGGCUGAAGAAGCUGGACAGGGGAGGGAACUGUGGUUUUAGAGAAGCUAUUGUAGAUAUUCUUCUAGUGCAGAGCGGAUUCCAGUAUUACUUCUUGUUCUGUUAAAGUAAGUUAGUCCUAAUUUAAAUAUACAGCAGUCCACUGUGGCUGAUUAUACCUUGUCUGUGUUUUUAUUUUAUUUGAUAGUUUCUUGUGUACAGAAUUUGUAAAGUUCAGACUUGUAAAAGAAUAUUGGGUAAAAACCGAGAGUCAAUUCGGGUUUUGUUGAUAUAUAGAAGCCUUGUCUGGAUUUUGUUCAUAUGUAAAGAAGGUACUGCAUCCUUCUGAUGAGAACUUAUAGAAUUGUAAAGAGAGCAUAUGAAGGAUUUUAAGAAAAGAGAAAAAAAUAAUGGCUACUACUUUUCAAGGUGAAGAUAUAUACAUAAAUAUUCUAUUUUGCAAGUAAAAGAAUCAGGCAGAUUUGCCGUCCUAUCAAUCAUCUUUUUCUCGCUGCAAUAAAUAUGUCCAACAAACGCUGGACUGCUUUCGAACAAUCAACCAGAAUCAAUAAUCAGAGACUAGGACCUCCUAUAAAUAAACCCCACCUCUUACCGAAUUCCUCUCACCGUGCCCCUUAUUUCUUAUGUAUUAGGGCCUUGACACAAGAUUUCGACAGAAAUCACAAUGAAGUGGAUAAAAAUUCCACCAAAAAUGCAGAAAAAAGACAAGAUCAAGAUAAACUUGAAUUUCAACUCACAACUUGCCAAUUUUCAAAAGCCUGUAUGAGUGCUGUACGCCCUCAUCCCUCCCAUCACUAUUUGCACAAUCCAGUCACUGGAUGUCAAUCAUUCCAGGCUGUGAAUAUGAAGGACCAUUUUCUCUAAAGAGCAAUAACUUUCACACUGCCUUUCUGAUCUAACUCCUCUCCUUUCCAGCUUUUCCUAUUUACAUCUGUUCAAAAACAGGGUAGCAGUUUUAACAAGAAUGCACUAUAUUUGACUCUUGAAUAUUACUUAUGUCUAACAAUCAUCUCUAUGGAUGGCACUCAUCCCACCACAGACUCUGCAGUGUUUUUAAUGUCACACAAUAUGAUCUGGGUUAAUACACAUGACUUAUUGAAAGAUGGUUGGCUACCAGUAAUCUUUUUAAAAAAAUAUUACAUUGUCAGUUCACUCAGAAAGCUGUGAUAGACAAUCACAUUUUUGCUUUUCAUUAGUCAUUCCAUAAAUGAAUAGCACUUAUCUUACUUUGUUGUUGUAUUUUCCACAUAAAUGUUUGAGCAUUUGGCUACUGUGUAAAAUGUGUAUUUGGUAGCUAUCACUGUCUGAUAAGGAACAAUUUGAAACUUGAUGCUCUGCAUGCAUUACUUACAUGCAUUACGAGAUCUGUGUUGAGCUAUGAUAAAUCCAAGUGCAACUUCCCUUUUAGCCAAACUUUUUAUCAAAAUAAGUGAUAACAGAUAUACAAUAACGGCACAAAACUAAUCAGAUAAUUGUACUUGGUUACCUAAAUACUUUUAAAAAAAUGGCAUAUUUGCUAUGUGGAACUGAAAGUGAAGACCUGUGUUGGGUUGUCUGCAAAUGUUCAACUAGCUAUAAGCAUAAACAUAGUCUGAGAUGUUGUGCAUUCAUUAACAUUAAAAACACUUGAACUAUUACAGUUUUCACACUUUCAUAUGUUUACUCCACAUGGUGAACAAAAUAAUGAGCAUCAAUGUUUCAGUGAUCCAUUCAUAAAGUCUGUCCUUCGACCCCUGACCCGACCCCAGAUCAGAGGCCAGUGACUCUUAAGACAAUCACUUGCUCAUUAAGGCUCGAUGCACUAAGCAGCAUCUCUCAGGGAGCAGCUCUUUUUCUGACUUUGCAUUAAAAGAGGGUUUAAUAUUUUUGCAAAAUUUACAAAAAAAAUUUAAUUAUUAAAAGAAUAACUUUUUAGGAUUAAAAAAAUGGCAUACGUCGCAAAACGUAUGUACGUGAAGGAAUCUGCCCAGACAAGGCUUUGAUAAGUGUGUGUCUGUGUGUAUGUGUGUACAGAGCAUGAAUUCACUGUCUAAAUCUCUCCAGAGCCCAGAUUAGAUGACAGGCAUUGUUACGUAGCACAUAAAGAAAAACAAAAAAUAUAUACUGUACGUCAGCGUGCUCUCAUCACCACUGUGCACUCAUGUUUACUGCUUAUUUUGCUGCUUUGGGGACAGCGAGAGAAGUCCACUAGGAAGCUGUGAAUCAAGCGCCAUCACAACACCCCUGGGACAGUGAAUUCCAACUCUGAAUAUGAACUUUUUGUCUGUGAUGUUUUUAUUUUCCCUUGUUAGACUGUGAAUCAGAGGGGUGGGAUGGGGUUAUGAGAGGGGAUGUGCUGGCAAGAACGAGUGGCAACACAACACUGUAAGUAAGAUACUGUAGCAAUAAGAACUGGAGGCAUUUACUACUGUCAUGUUUGCAUUGUAAGAUUAUUUUUUAUUUUAUUACUAUUUACUAUUAUUAUUGUUCUUAUUAUGACUACUAUUCUUCUAUUACUAUUAGCCUAUUGUUGUUCUGUUCUAUUUGCAUGACGUUUCAUUGCAAUGAAACAUUUGGGGCUUAUUUGUGUUUUCUCUUCUCAUGAUAUUGUGAGUUUCGUGGGAGGGGUUAUUAUUGGCAGGGUGGGCAAUGGGUUUUAGGGCAAAUUCCGCGUCAUUUCAGUCAGUUCAAAGCAAACAUUUUUUCACAAGCUGAAAACAUUUCUAAAUAAAAUGCUCUUAUUUAUACAAAACCAAUUUUAAAAUUUGUUGUUCCAUUUGACAUGGCUUAUUUUUCUCUCAACCUUUGAAUGUGUGAGUUGGUACAACCAGUCAGUGAAUGGCCCUUUUCUGAACUGGCCUUAUUGAACCGGAUCAAAGACCCUUAACCUGCAGUGGGUGGGGACGAUAUGGGGAGGGUAACCUAUUCUGAAUGUUAUGGAGUAGCCUGUUCAGUGUGAGGGGCUGAACACAUCAUGCGCCUUUACUUCACUCCAUCAACACAGACCGACAUCGCAGAGCGCACAAUAAAACGAGUCGUCAUUCUGUGUGACGGCUCAGACAAACUGCGCAUACAUUUUUUAAUACACUUGGUUUGAAAUGCAUUUCCUACACUUAGUCAAUUACACUCCACCCAAAACCUCCUCCUCCUUUUCCCUGAGAAAUAUGUGUGUGAGUGUGUGUUUGUGAGACAGAGAAACAGAGAGAAUGAGAUGUUUGCUCUACCAAUGCUUUGUAAACUUUCUUGAUGCAUUACACGUGCGUGCAAUUGGAGUAGUGUUGAAAAUUGUUAAUUUAUUGUUUAGAAUGUCUUUGCAUCCCAGCAAGAGCAAAUAAAACAAAAUGUAGCAACCUGUAACCGAAACCUGAAAGGUGGUCGGGUGACAGAACCUCUUUUACACAGGAUUAAUAAAACAAAACAAAAAAUACAAUAAAACAAGACUUUUUUGUUGUUGUUGUUUUCAAAGUGCCAUAGCUAGUGAGGAGAGGAUUGGCAGAGUGGGGCGUAGAUGCUUUACUGUGUGAGUUUACUUGAGAAACCAAUCAAAAAAGGGGAACUCCAAGGAAAAUGUGUAUUUAAUUACACUGACAAACAGUUUUUACA